CCUCGCUUACACAGUAUGGCCGGCGACAUUAGCUAGCGCUCGCUCACCGCUCUUCUCUGUAACAGGGGAACACGGACUACAAGGAACCGCACCGCCCGCCCGCCCGCCCGGACUGUAACCCUCUCACAUACGCUCACGCCGCGCUCGCCGCCGCGCAUUCAGGGUGGCUUAAAGAAAAAUCUUUUUUUUUUUUUUUUUCUUUUUUUCUUUUUUUUUUUUUUUUUCUUAAAUUAAUAUUGAAAAAAAAAAAAAGCCACAACAGCCCCAGAAGGUGAAGCCCGCCCGAGACGGAGCGGGAGCCGGGGGGCGGCGGUGGGGUCGCCGUUAAUUUCUGUGGUUGUUGGUUGCCGAGUUGUCUCACCAUGAAGGAGAACGGUGCACACUUCUUCGAAGGGACCGAGAAGCUGCUGGAGGUGUGGUUCGCCCGGCAGCAGCCCGCGCCGCAGGAGCCGCACCAGAGCAAGGGGUCCGGCGACCUCCGCACCAUACCCAGGAUUGAGUGGGACAAACUUCUGGAGAAUGUGCAUUGUUUGAUCAUAAGUGUGACAAAAACUGACAAGCAGGAAGCUUAUGUACUCAGUGAGAGUAGCAUGUUUGUCUCCAAGAGACGUUUCAUUUUGAAGACGUGUGGUACCACCCUCUUACUGCAAGCACUGGUUCCCCUGUUGGAGCUUGCUAGGGAGUACAGUGGGUUUGACUCAAUUCAGAGCUUCUUUUAUUCACGUAAGAAUUUCAUGAAGCCUUCCCACCAGGAGUACCCACAUAGGAAUUUCCAGGAAGAAGUGGAGUUUCUUAAUGAAAUUUUCCCAAAUGGAGCAGCUUAUUGCAUGGGACGUAUGAAUUCUGAUUGCUGGUACCUGUACACCCUGGAUUUCCCAGAGAGUCGGAUAUCCAAUCAGCCUGAUCAGACACUGGAAAUUCUGAUGAGUGAGCUUGACCCAGUAGUGAUGGACCAGUUCUACAUGAAAGAUGGUGUUACUGCAAAUGAUGUCACUCGUAUGAGUGGAAUUCGUGACCUGAUACCAGGUUCUGUUAUUGAUGCUACAAUGUUCAAUCCUUGUGGGUAUUCAAUGAAUGGGAUGAAAUCGGAUGGAACUUACUGGACUAUUCACAUCACUCCAGAACCAGAAUUCUCUUACGUUAGUUUUGAAACAAACAUAAGUCAAACUUCUUAUGAUGACCUGAUUAGAAAAGUUGUAGAGGUUUUCAAGCCAGGAAAAUUUGUAACAACCCUCUUUGUUAAUCAGAGCUCUAAAUGUCGCACAGUGUUUUCUUCCGCGCAGAAGAUUGAAGGGUUUAAACGUCUUGAUCACCAGAUUGCUCAAUUCAGUGAUUACAAUUUUGUUUUUACCAGUUUUACGAAGAAUCGCCAGCAGCAGCACAGUUGAUUAAGAAUGAAGAAAAAGCGCAAAAAGAGAUCCCAUAGAGAAGGUGGUGGUUGCUUUCUAGUUACUGAUUCAGGGGGCCAUGCUUUCCAUUGCCACCACCUUGUAGCUGUGGAAAGCCCUAGGUGUAAUCAUAGUAUAACCAUUUUGAAUUGUAUGCAUUAUUAUAUCCAGGAGUUAGAUAUCUUGCAUGAAUGCUCUCUUCUGUGUUUAGGUACUCUAUGCCACUCUUGCUGUGAAAUUGAAGUGCAUGUAGAAAAAUCUUACUGUAUGAAACAUAACAACACUUGUAAAAAUGAUUCAGAUAGAAUUACACACAGUAUAGUUUUUCUCCAGGUAUCGCCAAAAAUUUCCCACAGACAAGGCUUUCGUCCUCAUUAGGCUUCAGCCUCAACCUACUCACUGGGACAGUUCUUUGUUAAAUUGUCAUUGAUUUUUUUCGUCUAUGUUGUGACUUCAGUCUAAAAUGAUUUUUGACAAGCUUGUAUGAUUUCUAAUGAAACUGAUUCCUAAGUAACACUUUUGUGUUUGAAGAAAGUUCUUAAAAACAGUUACAAAUUGUUUUGCUACUUACUAAGGUGGUGGUUGUCUUAUUUUUACAUCAGACUGACUUUUCAUGCUCUAAAUUUAUAGGAAUCUGUUCAGCUAUACUGUAGCACUGGGCUACUGCACUGGUCUUUCACCUCUAGACAUCUGGGUACAGGUACUAAUGCAGGUUGAACUUUUUCUUAGCUUAAUGCUGGUAUUUAUCUGUCCACGUCCCUAAGCUGUCACACUGCUACACAGUGGCAGAGUUUGGAGAAGGUCAGACUUGAUGGGGGAGAGCUGAGUCGGGAUCCAAGUGCUUUGGCAUAGUUGUGUGACAGCUUUGCGAAGAGCAAGAUCAUAUUGGCACCAGACAUCUUCUUUCCUAAUCACCAGUUAUGACUAAGAAGCUGGUGCUCUCAAGCACUGGCAGAAAGACCUAGCAAAGGAGUGGGAUUUGCCAGGCUGGUGUGUUGAUUGGUUUGGGUUAUUCUCAGUAAAGCUUCCAAGUUACCACUUGUAACUGUAAAGAGUGCUUCUACGCUAGUCCAGUGUCACUUCAUUUUGUUGUUCCAAAAGCAAAGCUAAUGCUUCUAUCUUGUGACAGUCCUGUGACAUUGUUGUGCACGUGACUUAUGUUGUAUUUGAUUGUUGUGAUCUCAUCUGUUUUUUCCUCCUAAUUUCUAUGGUGGUUCCUCUUACUGUGACUUGAGGGCAUUCAGUGAAGGCAUAGAACGAGAACUGUCUGGCUCACCUGGACAGAAGUGAAGUAGAAUGCUAUUCAUAGAACAUGAAUAAGUGUAAUUCAAAGUCACAUUAAUGGGAAUUGACUAACCUGCAGACUUUAAAAAGCUGGGAGACUUUCAGUUAUGUUUGCAAAUACUGGGAUCUUAACAGCUGUGAGACCAGCACAUUAAUUAAGAAAUUGGGUUUUUCUUUCCUCUUGUCCUUGCAAUGUUUUGACUUUCUGGUUUGAUGCAAUGGUUCUUUUUUUGUUCCUUCUGUAUUUAUAAAUGAAGCAGGUUUUUUUGUUGUUGUUGUUUUUUUUUUUUUUAGUGCUUCUAAACUGAGGUCUGCUUGGUUAGAAAUCAAGUGGUUGGAACACUCUGAAUUUUUAAGUGUAUUGUUGAUGUUCUUUACUGGUGUUAUCAAGUACAUGCUGUAAAUGGCACUAAUGCUUCUUGGUGUUAAUACUGAGGACCAAUAUUUCAGUGGUUUUUGUUAAUUGUUGUCCCAACUGAUCUGACAUCUGGCUUGAGGUCCUUCAAGUAGACUGAAGAUCCCUUUUCAAGUAAUACUGAAAUACACAUUUUAUGCAUAGAAGCAUAAGCCUCGGCUAUAAAAAUGAAAGCUGUUGAAUGGAUUAUUGAACUAUCUGGGGUGAUCAGGAUGGGGAGGAGUAUGGUGUUCAUAAUUUCUGUGGUGUUAGACUUUGAUCAUUUAAAAAUAUCUGUACCACAACUUAAUGCUUCAAUAAAAGUUUGCUUAAAUUGUU